AACAAACCAUAAAUAGAGACUGUAAAACCGCUGGUGGUGUCCUAGGUUUUACUCAAGAAGAACACACCCUCACUAGAUGGAUUGUCAGUCGUCACAUACUAGGAGAUUAUUGCUCUAAAUUCCAACAUGUGGUAGAUGAUACGUGUGAACAGAAGGAGUAUCACUUCAGCGAAAGUAGGAACAACCGUGAUGAAAGUGAUGUGAAUAAAAUACUCGGAGCAUUUGAAGAUACGUGGGUUAAUCCCUUUAAUUUUAAUGGUACCCCUGAAUUAUUUCACAUCGCAUCUGGUAAGAUAGCAUCAGAGAACAUAAGACGAUCCCUGAACAGUUUUAUGGCAACUGCGAAGAAAUACAUGGAUAAUUAUAUCGCAAAUACUUUAACAGACGAAGGGAACAAUAGCUUCUGGGCGUCACAUAAGAAAUACAAAGUUCAAACAUUUAAAGAAUCCAAUAUCCCUCUGAAAACGCAACCAAAUAAAUCAAAGAGACUAUUAUCACCUGAAUUCAUGUUUCGUCGAAUCAUAUCUGCUGCCAAAUUUCAAAACUUGGAUUUUUCGAACUUACUGAAGUACGAACUAACGCUAGUUCCAUCUUCGCUUUUCUUCGAGGAUGGUUCAUUACGGAAGUCGCCAAAAUCUGAACUAGCUAAGAGACUUAAAAGUUAUUGCGACAUAUCAAGAGACAUCCCUGCCAAAUUUAACUCGUAUAUAGUCGACGCAAUGGUUUUGAUUCAGGAAAUAAGUAAAAAACAUAUUAAUACCUAUGCAGACAUUGGCGACUGCAUCUUCAAAAAACUGCUAACAGUAUUCGACAGUAAUGAAAACUGCAAUCAGAUACUGCUCAUAUUCGAUCGGUAUAAUAUUCCGAAUUCCAUAAAACAAUAUGAAAGGCAGAGAAGAGGGCAGUCUUUUGCCAGCACGUUUUCCAUAAUUAGUGAACAGGUUAAGGUGACUGACUACAGUAAAUUUUUGUAGUCUACAGGAAAUAAGGUGGCAUUAAUAAAAUUUUUAUCUCUUUAUAUCGAAAAACAAUCAAAAUUACAUUUAACCGUCACUCAAAGCAUCAUAUUGUCGGGCGGAUAUGAAAAUGGAGAAGCAUGCCACUUGAUAACGCGAGAUGGAGUAUCUGAAGUUAAAGACUUGAGAUGUAAUCAUGAAGAGGCAGACACAAAAAUAAUUCCAUUCAUCCUUCAUCGUAUGAAAGAAUAAGACGAUAUCAUACUGAUUAAGGCUGACGAUACCGACAUAUUGAUAUUAGUGCUAUACUACUUUUGGACCGCCAACAUGCAAUCUAUCAAAGUAUAUAUCAAGUCCGGCCACACUACAACAAGCACCAACAAUAAUAUGCAUGUCAUUCCAAUACACGAGCUAGCUGUGAAAUUAGGAAAAGAUGUUUGCCAAUGUCUACCAGCGCUGCAUUCGAUCACAGGUUGUGACACAACUAGCUCGUUUUUUAAAAUAGGAAAGGUAGCCCCACUGAGGUUGCUUAUGAACAAGUGCACUGAUUUUCAGUUAGAUCAGUUUGCAAGAGUAUCUAUGGAAGAGUCUUUAUCUAUAGCCAGGCGAUUCACUUGUAAAUUAUAUGGGCAAGGGAACGAACAAAGUUUGGAUGUGUUGCGACAUAAAUUAACGACGACAACUAAAAAAUCAGUAAACGAAUUACCUCCAACGGAAGAUGCAUUUUUUCACCAUGUAUCAAGGUGUUUCCUGCAAUGCAGAAAGUGGAUAAAAUGCCAAGAUUUGCAAAUGGAAGACUUGGACCCGUUCAAUUUUGGGUGGAAACUCAAUGAAGAGAAAAUUGAACCCAUUCUGUCCACGCAAGAUGCUAUUCCACCUAAUGUUCGGAAUAUCAUUGAGCUAUUCUGUACAGACUCUUCGUGCAAUUCAGUGAAGUGUGUAUGUACAAAGGAAGGACUAAUUUGCAUUAGCGAGUGUAAGUGCAAGGGCACUUGUAAAAACGUACGUACUCAUCCCAAUGCCGAAGAUGAUGAAGAAUUGCAUUAUGGCCUUCACGUGUAGCGAUUUGCCAUACAUUCUUCUGUAUCCACACCCCAAGAUGCCAAACUCGAAAAAAUCGCUCUAGAUGCGUGAUGUUUUUCAUAUUCUAUUUUUUGGUGUCAUUAGAUAUAACAUUUUUUCAGAUUAUUAUAUACCAUUGGAAAGCAUAUAACAUUAUCUAUCCUCUAGUAUAAGCACAGUUUUAUAAAAAUAAAUUUUCGCGGAGUGAGAAAUCCGAUAAAACUGAUACAUUUUUUGAGGUUUUUUGUGAAUAACUUUUAGCUCGACCAAUUGCCGACGUCUAUACUAUAUGCAUCUGAUAUAUCUUUUUAUUCCGCGUAAUCUGAUAUAUAACACAUGUGGUUGUACCACUUGAUUGGGUAUAUGAACGAUUUUGAGGCUCUGCCGCCGCA